AUGAUCUUCAUUCUUUCGUUCUUAUUCUUCAUCCAAAGUAUAACGGGUGUACCAGUCCCUGCCGUUAUCACUCGUUGGCACACUGCUGAGGCUGUCACCUCCACCCACUUCUACACCACUGGUACCACCACUGUGUGGUUGCCUCCUGUUGAGGUGCUUAUCUCUGGUGAUUGCACCACAACGUUUACCAUCACUUCGGGCCAAUGGGCAACUACUCCAGUCACCACCACAUCUUACGCUGCUGGUCAGCCAGGUGGUGACGAUCAGCCAGAGCCCACCCACACUGACAAUGCUCAGCCUAACAGUCCUGCUGAGACUACUACUGCUACCACUGCUGAGACCACUGAAAACGCCCCAGAGAACACCCCUGACAACACUCCUGACAACACUCCAGAGAGUACUCCAGAGAACACUCAACAGACCCCAGAGAGCACUUCUGCUCAGAACACCGCUACUGAGAACUCGUCUCCAACUUCUACCGCUGCUUCUACUUCGUCUGCUGCUCAGACUACCUCAACUGGUAACAACGAUGACAACUCCCAGACUACUGCUUCUCCUUCGUCCACCUCAAUUGAGGUUAGUACGUCUGCUUCCACCACCGAGUCAUCUCUGGCUUCUGCCUCAGGUGGUGCUAACGUUUUGUCUGUUGCUUCCCAAAGCGGAUACAAGUUCUCUCUGGCGCUCAACAAGCUCAAGAGACCAGAUGUCAUUGUCUACUCGCCAUACGCCAACGAUGGCUCUUGUAAGUCUUAUGCCGAGGUUCUGAUUGACUUGAUCUUCCUUAAGCUGAUGGGCUUCUCCAAGAUCAGAACUUACGGUGUUGAUUGCAACAUUCUCAGCGCCGUCCUUCCACUCUCUUCCAAGUUGGGCUUCACUGUGAACCAGGGCUUCUGGAUUUCUGACCAAGGUGUUGACUCAAUUGACGACUCUGUCACCAACUUGAUCGACUACGCAGACAAGAACGGUUGGGACAUUUUUGACUACAUCACCAUUGGUAACGAGGCCAUUAUUGAGGGUUACGACACCGUCUCCAACUUGAUUGCCAAGAUCAAGAGUGUCAAGAAGAAGUUGCAGGAUGCUGGCUACAAGGGUAAGGUUACCACAUCCGAGCCACCAAUCAUCUACAGAAAACACCCCGAGUUGUGCACUGACUCCGACAUCGACUUCGUCGGUAUCAACUCCCACUCCUACUUUAACACCAACUUGUAUGCUGACGAGGCUGGCGAGUAUGUCGCUUCUCAGCAGAAGGAAAUCGCCAAGAUCUGCUCUAAGAAGACGGUCAUCACAGAGACAGGCUACCCAUCCAAGGGUAUUAAAAACGGUAACAACGUUCCUUCGCUUUCAAACCAAUAUGCUGCUCUCAAGUCCAUUGUGGAUGCCACUGAUGGCGACUGCACUAUCUUGAGUUCGUUCAACGACUACUGGAAGGACCCUGGUCCAUAUGGUAUUGAACAGGCUUUCGGAGUCAUUGGAUUCUUUUAA